AUGGCGCAAGAACAGGUGGUUCGUAAGUUGCAAGGCAGCAAUGAUGUAGGCAACUACAUGAUCCGCACAAGCAUGAGCCAAAGGAUCAGUAGCAAUCCCAGGGGCGUUGUUAGACGCGCAUUGAACCACUAUUGGAGCGUAGGAUCUUCAUUUCGCUGGGGCCACCGCCGAUCGGUUCUGGUUGGCAUCUCGUGCUUUUUCUACCUCGUUCCCUCCUUUUGCCUCUUCUACACCAGCAGGAGCGGUCGGAGCCUUAGGAGCGUCGAGCAUGAGGUGGAGGCGUAUGUAUGGCUGGUUGUGACCUUAGCUUCAUUUUUGUCGGACUUCAUCUUUUCGGGUCAGAGGCAUAAUUGGGUUGUACGUGCAGUCCAUAUGACAGAUCGCUGGGUGGCUUCUGCUGCGCUACUGCUGCAAUGCAUCUACAAUGUACCGCUGUGGUUUGCUGCAUCCUUCUCAACCGGCUGCCUCGGCCUGAUACUGGUGCUUUGCUGCUGUUGCGUCAAGUCUUUAGGAGCAUCUGCCUCCUGUUUCUCCGCGUAUGUCUGGUCACACACGAACUGGCACCUCGCGGGGGCUGUAGCACGGAGCAUCAUGGCAUUCGUGGAGUAA